GUGAGGGACUGCUCUAUAAAUUGGAGGCUUGUGAGACCAAAUUUUUCACCUUCAGCUGAUAAAACUGCAUUUUAUCCUCAAUAGACAGAAAGAAAUGGCUUCUCUAGUUGCUCCUGAUCACUUCUCUCCCACUGAAGAUGCUGCAGCUCUCCAGAAGGCGUGCACAGAGAGACUAGAAAGAGAGAGAGUGAUAGUAAUGGCUAGCCUUGUUGUUGCUGACCACUUCUCUGCUACUGAAGAUGCAGAAACUAUAAGAAAGGCUUUUGAAGGAUGGGGGACGAAUGAGAAGGCGAUCAUAGAAGUGCUCGGACACAGAAACGCAGCACAGAGGAAGCAGAUCAGGCAGGCUUAUGAGCAACUCUACGAGGAAGAUCUCGUCAAACGCCUCGAGUCUGAGCUCACCAGAGACUUCGAGAAAGCGGUGUACCGUUGGAUACUGGAUCCGGCUGACCGGGACGCUGUGUUAGCCAAUGUGGCUCUGAAGAAAUCAAAUCCUGAUUACCCUGUGAUCAUAGAGAUUUCUUGCAUUCGAACCCCUGAUGAGCUCCUGGAGGUGAGAAAGGCCUACCAGCUUCGCUACAAGCGCUCCUUGGAAGAAGAUGUCGCUGCACAUACCACCGGCGACAUCCGCAAGCUCUUGGUUGGUUUAGUGAGUGCGUACAGGUACCAAGGAGAAGAGAUCAAUGCGAGGUUGGCGAACUCGGAGGCCGAUCUUAUUCACGAUGCCAUAAAAGAUAAGGCCUUCAGCCAUGACGAGGUCAUAAGAAUCUUGACCACCAGGAGCAAGGCUCAGCUCAGGGCCACUUUCAACCGCUACCAGGAGGACCAGGGCACUUCCAUCACUAAGAAUUUGCUGGUCGAAAACCCUGAUGAAAUCUUGGUGGCGCUGCGCACGACCAUUCGCGGCCUCAAUGAUCCCAACAAGUACUUUGUAAAGGUCUUGAGCAACGGAAUCAAGAGGGCCGGGACGGAUGAGGAUGAUCUCACUCGCGUGAUCGUGACAAGGGCGGAGAAGGACCUGAAGGAGAUCAAGGAGGAGUAUUACAAGAAGAACAGUGUGUCGCUUGACCAAGCAGUGGCCAAGGACACUACAGGGGAUUACAAGGCCUUCUUGCUCGCUCUCCUGGGCAAUGAAGAGUGAUCAACCAACUAUUUUCCCCAUAUUUGAUAUUUUGCGUACUAUGAACUUAUUAAUCAGUAUGAGCUUUGUGCGACUUCAGUCGAGACUUUUUUUUUUUUUUGUGGACAAUGCUUGUUACUUUAUAGUUGGCGGGUCUCAA